GGCGGCGCCGCGGAGCCCCGACAUGGCGGCGGCGGGCGGCGAGGCCGGCGGGUCGCCCCCGUCCCCGUCCCCGUCCCCGUCCCCGGGCGGCGCGGAGGGCGGCGGCCCCGCCGUGGUCAUCGGCGCCACGGUGCCCACGGGCUUCGAGCUGACGGCGGCGGCGGAGGUGCGGGAGAAGCUGGGCUCGGAGGCCGCCGUCAGCAAGGACCGCGGCAAGAUCUACUUCGGGAUCGCCGCGGAGAAGCUCGCGCAGGUCCAUCGUCUAAGGUCAGUGGAUAAUCUAUUUGUUGUUGUUCAGGAGUUCAAAGACUAUCAAUUCAAAGAAAGUAAGGAAGAUGCUCUAAAGGAUCUGGAAGAUCUGGUUAAAAAACUGCCUUGGACUGAACCUUUGAAAGUAUGGGAGCUGAACAACAGCUUGAAAAAGAAAAAGGCAAAACGCAAAAAACAUAAUCUGCAGAGCAGUACAAGCAAAGAGAAGUUGAAUGAAGAUGGAGAAGAAGAAAGAACAGAUGAAAAAGAUGCCAGUAAACAGUUGCAGGACUCUGCCCAAAACACUGCAGGUAUAGAAUCUGCUAGUGGUCAGGUUACAGAAAAUACGCAAGGAGAGAUACCACAGAAUGGCAGUGACGAUGAUAACGAACAAUUGGAUGCUAAAGAUGAAUCACACGCCAGUUCUGGGAGUGAAACCAAAGCUGGUGAUGGGAAGAAAGGUGAAGGAGACGUGAAUGUGUUAAAGUUCCGUGUUACAUGCAAUAGAGCAGGAGACAAGCACAGCUUUACAUCAAAUGAUGCUGCAAGAGACUUCGGUGGAGCUGUACAGGAGCAUUUCCAGUGGAAAGCUGACAUGACAAACUUUGAUAUAGAGGUUCUCCUGAAUAUUCACAAUAACGAAGUAGUUGUGGGCAUUGCAUUAACUGAAGAGAGUCUUCAUAGAAGAAACAUUACGCAUUUUGGACCAACAACUCUUCGAUCAACCCUUGCUUAUGGCAUGCUUAGACUCUGUGAUCCACAGCCAACAGAUAUCAUAAUUGAUCCAAUGUGUGGAACAGGUGCAAUACCAAUAGAGGGAGCUACAGAAUGGCCUAGUUGCUAUCAUAUUGCUGGUGAUAACAACCCACAAGCUGUAAAGAGAGCAGCAAACAACAUCUGCUCUUUACUGAAGAAAAAUGAGAAUAAGGAAAGCAGUACUUCCUUGGGCAUACCCUUAGAUAUCAUUCAGUGGGAUAUUUGCAAUCUCCCUUUACGGACUGGUUCUGUGGAUAUUAUUGUGACAGACAUGCCAUUUGGAAAGAGGAUAGGGUCUAAGAAGAAGAAUUGGGAUCUCUAUCCAGCCUGCCUUAUGGAGAUGGGUCGGAUCUGCAGACCCGGGACAGGCAGAGCUGUGCUGCUUACGCAAGACAAGAAAUGCUUUGCCAAGGCUUUGUCAAGAAUGGGACACAUAUGGCGUAAAGGUCAAACAGUAUGGGUGAAUGUAGGGGGACUUCAUGCUGCAGUGUAUCUUCUGAAACGAACCUGGGAAAGAGCAGAAGAAAAAAGAUCUUUCUGGUAACUCACAUGGAAGAAAAUAGCAGAUGCCUCCAGAAUUUCUUGAAAAGCAGUUUGGUAAAGCUGACACCUGAGAUUGUAGGUCUGUCAGUUCCUAAGAAAAAAGAAUAAAAUUUGCAGAAAUUGUUUAACUUGAAUAUUGAACCAGGGAUCAGUUGUACUUUGUGUUCUGAAACCUUAUCUAAAUUGCCUCUCUGCUUCCCAAACUGAAAUUCGCUACUGGAAUUAGUAAUGCUUUCUUUUGCUUGAGUCUUCUCUACUAUGUCCAUUUUAUUUUUCAGAUAAAUGUGUAUGUCCUCUGCUUAUAGUAGAAAACAUAUUCACAUAUCUUUGGAGGUAACAGUUAACUUUUUUUCUCUAGACUGUAGAAAUUGUACAUAGAUCUUAAAACAACUAACAGGACUACUAAGAUUUUCAUCUUGCAGGGUUUAGAGGCAGUAUCUAUUUAGUGUAAGAUUUUUCCAGAUUGAUGUUUUCUAAUUUAUACCAUUUCCCAAAUGUAAAACAAGAUAAUAAACUAGUGUCUGGUUUUUUUAUACUCUGAUAAGCAAAUGCCAAUUCUUUAACAGUACCUUGAUGCUGCUGUUUUCCUUACUUGUUACCUCAACUUAACGCUAAUUACUAAUAAAUGUUUAAUUCAUGUUUUAAUGUACUACUUCCAUAGGUGAGGUGGGGUAGCAACACAGCCUUAGCACUGUCUGUAGUUACUAUGUGAAUAAUUGAGAUACUUUUAGCAGUUAUUAAAAAGUUCAUAUUUUCAAUGUCUACUGUAGACAGAUCAAGGUGGCAGUAUGUUUAAAUUCAUUAGGUGACUUAAACUGCUGUAGUUAUGCCAUCCUCUUUACAAAAAUGUUAUUUCCUGUUGAAUAAAUUGAAGUUGCAAGUAUGA